CGAGAGCCGCUGCGAACUCGACGUAGAAAGCGUUCCCGUCGUAUAGACAAGGAUGAAAUAUUGCCGGAUAUUAGGCUACAUGAAGGAAUUGCGGGUCGUGUCGUUAAUGGGUAAUCCAGUGAUUAAGACGAUUAAGCUGUACCGAAAGACGAUGAUCCUGAAGUGUAAGAAUCUCAACUAUCUGGACGACAGGCCGGUGUUCCAGCGGGAUCGCGCCUGCGCAGAAGCUUGGAUGCGCGGAGGUCCGAGCGAGGAGGAGGCCGAGAGGAAGCGUUGGAUCCAAGCGGAGCAGCAGAAAAUCAACGACAGCGUGCAAGCCCUGAUAAACAAAAGGAAGCUGUACAAACCGGUCGGGACGUCCGAAAAGGAGGCGGAGGAUAAGAAGAAGACGAAGGAGGACGAAGAAGUAGCCAAGCUUGUGUGCACGAGCAACCAACUGCUCAACCUGGAGAAGAAGAACAAGUCGGCCGUCUCAUCCUCCUCCGGCUCGUCAGCGUCCUCGUCAUCGGACGAAGAGGUGGAGAACGAACAGGAGGACGAUGGAACGGGGCAAAAAGGAGCCGAGAAAAGUGACGGAAGGAGGCCAAUGGCGGAGGAAGAAAGGAAAGCCACCGGGGAGCUUUUGUUGCCCUGGAGAACGCAGACGUCGAGGAGCAACCCGCCACCUGCGAAAUUGAUAGAAGAAAUAACGGAGGGCCGGGAGUACGUGGCUGGCGACGCCGAACGGAAGAGGCUCGGGAAGCAAAUUUUGGACGAGCGGAGGAGCGCAGAGGAUCCGCCGGGUGGUUACGCUCUGGGAAGAGAACUGGCCCAUUACGAGAAACUUGUCCUGGAGACGAGCAACGAGACCGAAAUUACACCGCGAUCUUGCGCGAACGAGCAGAAGAACGACGAUACGAGCGGAGAUGGGAAACUGCUCGCGAACGACGGGGUUUCCUGUAACACUUUCGGGACCGGGGAUAAUGAAACGCCGAAGGAAACGAGGGCCACCGACAGCGCGGACAAUGAGACCAUUUAUAAAGAUAUUUUGGACGAUUAUCGAAGAAAAGGCGAUCCCCAUCCAUUGAGCGGCCGACUGACCAGCAUACGGGAGGACAUGAAAGAGUUUUGCGCCGGUAUGGACAAGUUCGUCGAGAAUAAUAAAAUCGUCACCGCGGACCGGCACGAAGAAAAACGAUCCUCCGCGCCGGUUAAGGGGAAGGAUGAGUUCAGAUGGUGGAGCACAAAGGAGAGGAAGCUGAAGAUUGCGGAAAUUAUGAGAAAAAGGGAAGAGGAAUCGGGGAUCAGUGCCGAAGAGAAGAAAGGGGAACCAGAAGGUACAUCAAGUGCCCGAAAAAUUGAGAUUAUCGAUGAUGCACCGGAGAAAAAUCUGAAAGAUACGGUUUCUAGAGAGACUAAAGAGGGAAACGAGGGAGUUUAUGAUCUGUUGAACCUGAAGGAGUGUCCUAAAAUUCUAGUGCACGACGUGAAAUCGUAUCAUAAUGACAAAGACGACGCGGCGCUCUGCGAACCCACGAAAACCGAAUCGAAAGAAGAACCGUCUGUUGCAGCUUUUCAGUCUUUGUUCGAUGAACUGGAUUCUAGGGAUCGGAGAAACGUGAAACGCGAGAAGUCGCACAGCUUUCACGAAUUGUUCGUUAUAGAUGAAUCCGAAGAGUCUGUCGAGGAGACGCGCGAAGGCAGUAAUUUGAACAGGUGCGCCUCUUCAGCUUCGGUUUCUUUAGAGAUCGUAAGAUCAAAAAGUAAUCGAGAAUCGAUUAAAAAGGAGCCUGUUCGAGUGAAAAUUGCGGAAGCGACUAAGUUAACUAAUUCAGAUGAAGAUGAAUCGGACAAUGAAUCUGUGAAAACUGUGAUCAACCUUUACGAAGGAUCCGCCAAGUCCGAUCAGAAACGAGAAACUACAAAGAAUCCAGUGAACUUUUCAGACAGUAGCACGCUUGGAUGUUUGCCCAAGCUUUCAGAAACUGUAAAACUACAGAAGAAUGACCAGGGCUCUGGUAGACAAGCUUUAGAUACACCAGUGACAUCCCCGCAAGAUGAAAAGUGGAGUCAAACUUCGAAAACGCGUAAAAGGCUGCACGACAAUGAAUGCAUGGACCCAGCUAGCAAGAAAUCGCAUCUGAUCGAGGAAGCGGAUUCGGAAAAGGGUUCAACUGGUUGUAAAAGUAGCAACGAUAUAGCUGAAAGAUGCAGACAACACGCGAAGAAAGAAGCAAAGAAGUUCAUGCAAAAGGAAUCCCCUCUGAUCGACAGGUGCAUAAAAGACUUGAUCGCGAAAAGUAAAGUUGAAGACAAUUGGAGAUUUCGGAGUCGCGAUCAUGAAGAGUUUUUGACUUGCACAGCUAUGGGUUUGUCUUCGUCGAACACUUCUACUUUCCGAGUUCCAGAUAAGUCUCUCAAAGCAGACUCUGUGGAGGACCGACCUCAAGAAACAGCGUCCGUUUCCAAUGUCUCUGAUGUUCAGUCGAUAGCUCAGCUUCUACAACAAUCCAAAACCGUUGAAAGACACGGUAAAUCGAUGUCAAAGAACGAGGCGGAUCUCUAUAAAGACUUCUGCGAGCACUUGGACCGGCUGAACGAUAAAAGGAAGCUGCUGAUCGAGCCCGAUUUCAUGAAGAACUCUGUGAUAGAUCACGAGGAAAAGAAACACGACGCUCUAUCGCCAAGGGAGACCAAACAGUCGAAGAAGAAACAAACAAAGCCAUUGAUCGAGGUGAUUUCGCAGGAAUCGACGAAUGUACACGAGAUUGAAGAACUUGAAGAUGAUCCUGAAGACUCUACGAUGGAUCCUGCGUUGAAAGAGAGAAUACUGAAGUGCAUAAGUACGCCGAAAAGCGAGCAGCAAAUCGAAAAGGGGAGAAAAUCGGCGGAGAAGUUGAUGAAGAUUUCUAGAGAAGCUAUGGCUGCGGGGAAAUCUCUUUUACAAGAGUCACCGAACAGUUGUAGACAACUCGACGACAGCAGAGUAUUCUUCAGGAACUUGCUGAAAGAGGAUGCUGAGGAGGAAACGAAGGAAAUCAGUUCGGCCGAUAAAAGGGACGUGGAAACUGAAAGAAAAGAAACAGAAGUUUUGCAAGAUGAGAAUACACAGAUGGAUGAGAAGCCAGUAGUACUUUCAGUCGAGGAUAUCGAUAAACGAGAAUACGGAGUUUUGGACAGGGAACAAGAGAACAGCGGACAAACGAGGAAAAGCUUAGAGAUGCAGAUUAUUCAGAAAACUGAAAGCGCCUUGCUGAAAGUCAGUGACAGGAACGACCUAAAAUUUAACGGUCCCUGUUUGUUGCAGUAAGAAACAAUUCAUGCGUACAAUCG